CAUUAUGGUCCAGUCACUGCCUUGAAAGUCCACUCACAAUAUGUUUUGGCUGGUUAUGGCUGUAUUUUGAAACUUUUCAAGAUAAAUACCAUCUCGAACCAAACCAGUCUCAUUUUCACCCAGCAAGUUUUCAAGAAAAACAAAAUUCACCAUAUCACUGUAAGUCCAGAAGGAAGUAAGGUAGUAGUAAGUGGUGGUAGAUCUUUUGCAGUUUUGGAUCUCAAGCAAUUGACCUCAAACUCUUCUGUCUCUGUAACUGAAAAAGCUAUCAAUGAAUGGAUCACUACUUCUGAAUUCUUGAACGAAAACCUCCUUUUAAUUUUGAACUCGCACAAUACCAUCUACCAAAUUGAUGUUUCACAACUGUCAACCACUCAGAACUUUGUUUUAGUGGAAAAAGUCGAUUGUAACGAAAAGUCGAUUUUGUACAGUGGCUCCAUUAGAGUGCUAGCCGACCAUCGAGUAUUGGUAGCAGCUGGAACUGUCAUGAGCGGAGUCCUCAUCUGGGAUAUGAAUUCGAGACAGAUUCUCCACAAUUUGACGGAACAUGAAGGCUCCAUUUUUGGUGUAAAGAUCGACAAAACAGGUAGAUACAUUGUAUCUUGUUCUGAUGAUAGGUCUAUAAAGUUGUACAACUUUGAGAAUGGGGCUCUUUUGGCAACUGGAUGGGGUCAUGGUUCGAGAAUAUGGACUCUUGAAUUUUUCCAUGACCAAUCUAAUGGCAUCAAAUUGAUGAGUGGAGGCGAGGAUUGCACCGUCAGAAUCUGGAAGUACUUAGAUGGCCAAGAGAUUUUGACCCAAGAAGAGUUAUGGGAAAAUGCUCAUAGAGGUAAGCAUGUCUGGUCAGGAGACUUGGAUGAUAUUAGCCUACAGAUUUGUGUUACCGGUGGAGCAGAUGGUAGAAUAAGACUUCAUGAUAUACUGGGUAGAAGUACCAGAGAAGAGUACAGAUUAGAUUAUAUCUUUGAAACUUCUGGUUUGAAACUCCAAAAGAACGAAAUUAUCAAACAAUACUUCUUGUUAUCACAAUUGAACUCCUUGAUCAUUUUGACGUCCCACGGUAGUCUCAUUUUGUUUAAUGAAGUCCUGAAAUUAUUCUCUAAAAUACAGCUUGAUGCCGAGGAGACUGCCAGAUUCACAAAUUUCGGUGUAAUGAAGGGAUUUGAUAACAUCAAUACUGUAGUGUUAUGUACCCGUAACGGCAGUUUCUUGAUUCUUGAAUUUUCUUCAACUGAUGUUCAACCAAAUAAAUAUUGGGUUGAAGACGAACACUUGCAAGGCAAUAAGGUUACCAACUUUAUGGCUCAAGCAGACGAGGAAAGUAACAAGUAUUACCUUUUUCUUGACUCUCCUAACCCAAAAAUUCCUUUCAUUUUGAAAGAAUUCACAACUAUAGACAAUAGAUUCACCUACGUUAGCACUAAGCUCUUGAAUCAACCACAGCAGGCUAGUUUUACUACAACUGACAUGGUGAUUGACAUGAAGAACAAAUGGUUGGUUUUGGGCUCAAGAUAUGUUACUGUAGCAGUAUAUGACUUGGAUUCUGACGAAGAAACUUUGGAAUUGCAGUUGAUAGAAAAAAAGCUUUCUGCUGGUGACACUAUUACUUCGGUUUCCAUAAUCGAAAGUAAGAGAAACGAAAUCUCUGUGUUGCUUACUGUUAGGGAUGGAGUGUACAUGUUUGCAAAGAUUUUGAAAGAUGAAGCUGGCGAGUUGUCACUAAAUGUUCAUCACCAUAAUAAGAUCUCCAGAGGUUUCAUUGAAGGAGGUUGUCUUGUUGCCAACGACUUGAUCCUCUACGGAUUUAAGUCUUCCUAUUUCUACGUUUGGAACGAAUCGAAACAAAUAGAAAUUACCAAUGAACUCUGUGGUGGGUCUCAUAGGCAAUGGGAAUUAUUCAAAAAUGAUUCUGAUUUCAAAUUCAUCUACAUUAACAAGUCAAGUUUAUAUAUCAAACAUUACAAAUCAAGAUUCACUGAAGCCAGAGGUUUGUUGAAUGACGGAACUCAUGGAAGAGAAAUUAGGGACGUUAGCAUUUGUACAGAAACUUUGGCUGAUAACUCCAGAUUGAUAAUGUCAGCUUCGGAAGAUACCACAGUUAGAUUGAGCAAGUUACACGCCAACGGAGAAAUCGAGAACUUCUGGAGUUUGAACAAUCAUGUUUCGGGAUUACAAAGAGUCAAAUUCAUGAGCCGAAACUUUGUUGGAAGCUCUGCUGCAAACGAAGAAUUCUAUAUUUGGAAAUUGGAUACCUUCAAUGAUAAUGUGCCAAUUUCUGUGGAAUACGCCAGAUUGAAGCCUUCAAGUGACAAUCCUGACUUGCGUGUCAUGGAUUUUGAUUCUUUCCCAUACAAGAAUGGUUUCAUAAUUGCCACAGUAUAUUCGGAUUCCAACAUCAAAAUUUUGUACUUCGAUAUCCCAACCAAGAAGUUUGACUUGCUUCUUAAUGAUUUCUACACAACUUGUUGCAUCUUGAACGUUCACUUCUUGACAGUCGGCACUAGCACUUACUUGCAAAUUGGAGCUACCGAUGGUCAUCUUACUAUUUGGGAUCCUAACAAGUUUGAAAAAGCUAUUAUCAAACAGCAAUUGCACCAGAACGGUAUCAAGGGCUUGUUGCUUACACCCAAAAAGAACGGCUAUAGGAUAAUUACCGGUGGUGACGACAAUGCACUUGUAUACUCUCAAUUGAGUCAAUCUGAAGAUGGCCAACUAAGCCUAGAAGUCAAAGAUUUUGUAGAGGGUGCAGCUUCAUCUACAAUUACAUCCAUUUCGGCUGCUUCAGGGGAAACUUUCAUUGUGACAUCAGUAGAUCAAAUUAUCAGGAAAUGGAAUUUGGUCAAUGAGAAAUUGACUGUAGAAUCUGCCAGAUACACCACGAUUGCUGAUACUGGAUGCAGUGAUUCCACUGUCGUGAACGGCGAGUCCAUAAUAGUCAUUGGUGGUGCUGGUCUUAGUAGCUGGAAAUGCUAA